CUCUCUCUCUCACACACACAUACACAGUGAGGAUGCAUGGUUGUCUCUCUCAUUGGUUUCAUGGCAAUAUUUGCGUGCUAAGCAUAAUUGUAAAUUUGUAAACUCCUCAAUUCAUGGUUUUGUCAUCGUUGGUUAUACUCAUCUCAACAUGGUCCACUUUUCUUCCAUUACAAUGUAUGGAUUUCAUGGAGGCCAAACGACGAGGCAACUUGACUAGGCAGCUCCUCGUGGUGGCCGGAGCCGCUGCACUUCUCAUUCUCAUCAUCAGUUGGUGUAACACCACUCCAACUUCUCUCAAGUUCUCUCAGCACGAGCCUGGCGUGACACACGUGCUGGUGACCGGAGGGGCCGGCUACAUAGGCUCCCACGCAGCUCUCCGGCUCCUAAAAGACUCGUAUCGCGUCACCAUUGUGGACAACCUCUCUCGUGGCAACAUUGGCGCAGUUAGAGCCCUCCAAGAGCUCUAUCCGGAGCCGGGGCGACUCCAGUUCAUCUACGCCGAUUUAGGAGAUGCAUCUGUGGUGAAUAAGAUUUUCAAAGAGAAUGCAUUUGAUGCUGUGAUGCAUUUUGCUGCUGUGGCCUAUGUUGGGGAAAGCACAGCUGAACCUCUGAGGUACUAUCACAACAUCACCUCCAACACCCUCGUGGUCGUGGAGGCGAUGGUGGCCCACGGCAUCAAGACGUUGAUCUACUCGAGCACUUGCGCGACGUAUGGAGAGCCCGAAAAGAUGCCUAUUACAGAAGUUACUCCACAAGUACCUAUAAAUCCAUAUGGGAAGGCCAAGAAGAUGGCUGAGGACAUCAUUUUGGACUACUCAAAGACAUCAGACAUGGCUGUGAUGAUCUUAAGGUACUUCAACGUGAUCGGAUCGGACCCCGAGGGGAGGCUCGGGGAGGCGCCUCGCCCGGAGCUGCGCGAGCAAGGCCGGAUUUCCGGUGCUUGCUUUGAUGCUGCUAGAGGCAUCAUCCCGGGCCUAAAGAUCCGAGGAACUGACUACAACACCGCUGAUGGGACUUGUGUGAGGGACUACAUUGAUGUGACUGACCUAAUAGAUGCACAUGUCAAGGCUUUGGCCCAUGCCGAGCCCAAGAAAGUCGGAAUCUACAACGUCGGCACGGGAAAAGGCAGCUCGGUUAACGAGUUUGUGGCGGCCUGCAAGAAGGCGACGGGCGCGAACAUCAAGGUGGAGUACCUGAGCCGGCGGCCGGGCGACUACGCCGAGGUGUACAGCGAUCCGUCGAAGAUUUGGAACGAGCUCGGCUGGAAAGCCAAGUACACGAAUCUAGAAGAGAGCUUGGCUACUGCUUGGAGAUGGCAGAAGACACACAGAAAUGGCUACGACAGUUGAAACUACUUCUUGGAGUUGUGUCUGAUUUUGUGAUCAACGAGGAUCGGUCCAUGUUUUUUUGUGUAGAGAGAGAAUGCAAAGCCAUAUAUAAAUACGUGUGUUUCUCUCUAUAAGUCAUAAGGCAACUGACGAAAAGGUUUCAUUCUUUCUGUGUAUAAAAACGGAAUUUGUAUUGCGAUGAUAUAUAUAACUAAUUUGUAGCUCCUCAAAAA